CCGCACCUCCCAUCUCCCGCCUCUUAUCGACUCUGUCCUAUCGAAAUUCUGGCACCAGAACCUCUCAAAAUAUCAAAUAAUAAUAUCUCAAUACGAAUAGCUCGACGGCUUGAGCCUGAGAGGGACAGCUAAAUUCUGGUUUCCGUUGCAGCUCAACUUGAACAUCGCGAUGGCCCGGGGAAGCCAAUCGAGUACAUUCAGCGCGUCACCAUAUUUCUUCGACAGAGGCUCUCAUGGGACCGCAACCCCCAUCACGGAGCGCAUCUCGAUGGAUUCGCGUCCUAUUGUGUCGUAUUACUUCCCGAAGGGCGUGGGAGCGCAUCACUAUGGCUCGAUGCACCCAAUGAAACCACACCGGCUGACGCUGACCAACGCGCUUGUGAUGGGCUACGGACUGGACAAAAAGAUCCACUACAUCUACGACGUACGCGCUGCGACGCGCGCAGAGUUGGAAGCGUACCACGACAAAGACUACAUCGAUUUUCUCUCCAAAGUCACGCCGAUGAACUCCCAUUUGAUGCGCGAUAUGAUCGACCAGUUCAAUUGUGGCGAGGACGGCCAGGACUGUCCUAUCUUCGCGGAUAUGUACGAUUUCGCGAAGAUGUACGCGGGCGCGUCGCUGGCAGGUGCGCGGAAGUUGAUGGCGGGGACGACGGACAUCGCGAUCAACUGGUCGGGUGGACUGCACCAUGCGAAACGCGGGGAAGCUAGCGGGUUCUGUUACGUCAACGAUAUCGUUCUCGCGAUUCUCGAGAUGCUCAGAUAUCAUCCGCGGGUGCUUUACAUCGAUAUCGACAUUCACCACGGGGACGGAGUUGAAUUCGCGUUCUAUCAGUCAAACAGGGUAAUGACACUCUCAUUCCAUAAAUACACAGGGGACUUCUUUCCUGGGACGGGCAAACUGGACGAUAACGGUGACGGCCUAGGGAAGCAUUUCUGCCUGAAUGUUCCGCUCCAGGAUGGGAUCGACGACGAGAUGUAUCUGAGCACCUUCAAGACCGUCGUGAAUGACACGAUCGAUGCUUUCCGGCCGAGCGCGAUCGUGUUGCAGUGCGGCGCUGAUUCGUUAGGCUGCGAUCGAUUGGGUGCAUUCAACCUGUCGAUCGCAGCUCACGGCGAAUGCGUGAAUUUUGUCAAAAAGUUCAACAUCCCGAUGCUCGUUGUCGGCGGUGGUGGCUACACGAUCAAGAACGUCAGCCGGUGCUGGACAUACGAGACGUCAGUCCUGGUUGGGGCGGAGGUGUCGAACAAUCUCCCAGCGACGGAGUACGACUCGUUUUUCAAGGACUCGCAUUUCAAACUCCAUCCGCCACUGACGGGCAAGAUCGACAACCAGAACACGACCGCGUCGUUGCGCCGCAUCACAACCGCCAUCAAAACCAAGCUGCGCUAUCUGCAGGGCGCGCCGAGUGUGCAGAUGCAGGAAAUCCCGCCCGACAUCCAGGGCUUCCUGCACGACGAGGAGCGCACGCAGGACGAGAUAGAGGAGGAGCACGGGACCGCCCGGGCCGGCGACGCGCGCGCGGACCCACACCACACGCGUGUGCGCAACGUUGUCGACUACUUCGAGGGUGACGACGAUAACGACGGCGAGGACGACGACGACGACACUAUCGCGCCGCCACCGCCUACCAGCACCAGCCGCGCGGCACGUGCUGCGCCUAGUUCACGUCGGGGGAAAAGUGGGAGGCCGAGGGGCCGACCCCGGGGGCGGCCGAGAGGGUCCGCGGCCGCGCCGUCCACCCGGCGCAGCGUGGAAGAGGACGACGACGACUCGGAUGAUGAUGACGAUGACGAGGAGGACGACGUUUCCGUUGCGUCAGUUCCGAGACGUCGGGGACCCGGUCGACCGAGAGGCAGUCGGGCGCGCGGUCGGGGUCGAGGGGCUCCUCCGCCAGUCAGUCGCGCGUCGACAGUAUUUGAGCCUGCGAUGGACGUGGAUGAAGACGCACGUAUUAUGGACCAGGAAUUGGACGCGAUGGAUCUCUAGACAGACCUGGAUAUCUCCGUCAGGCGCUGUUAGUCGUCGACCGUUGUAACAGUGUAGGACAAUGUCGUUUGGGGUGGGUAGCUGGACAUUCGGUUGAGUUCGGCAGGAAACCACUGCAGGAAGAGGAAACAGGUAGUUUGUCGGAGUAUUGCCGUCCCGGCCUCGGAAUAUAAAACGGGUUUAAAUCUUGACAAGCAGCAGACCUGUCACAUCGAGAGGAAGCCCGGAGUGUGCCGUAAAGAAGAGGCCGCAUGCCAAGGAUGAUCCUGUCAAAAAGGCCCUCUCCGGGAAUUGAACCCAGGACCACUCCCAUCUGCACUUCUUAUCGAAGCGGGUCAACACCCGAAGGGAGUAUCA